CUGCUGUGUAAUGUGUAAACAUGUAAACAUAAAUGUGUAAACAUACUCUUCUCACCCACCAGCAUAUAAUUAAUAUGUAAUAUAACAUAUAAUAUGUUGUUAAGGUCAUUAAGAAUGUCGACAAGAAUGGAUAGCAGCAUGCACACCUGGGCUGUCAGUUUGACACGUCAUCAUAGGGUGUUCAGUAACGACCAGCCUCUAACCCCUGAACAUUUCUCUAAAUUGACACGUGAUAAGACCUUACAGCCAGUGUUUUCCUUCUUAAUGCGUCAUGUGCGCUCACCAGAAGAAAGAAGAUUAAUCAAGUUAAAUUUAAAGCAAGCUCGUUUCAGAAAGCAAAUAAAAGCUGAUCAGGAAAUGUCAGCAUCAGAGGAGCGAUUCAGACUUGAAGCUGCUAUUGUUGAUGCAAUUUCAGCUGUGGAAGCCGAAGCGACCGAAAUUCAGCAACUAAACCAGAGAAAAGAAGAGCUUCACCAGAAAGAAGUUGAAAUGAAACGCCGAAUAAUGCUGAUGAAAGUGGUACAGGAAGAGCGAGAUAAGGAGGUUGAUCUCUGCCUGUCGUGGAGUCCUCGGCUUUGUAAUUUAAUAGAAAAGGAUUAUAAAAAGGACAAUAAAGAUGCAAGAGCAGACCUAGUAAUGCAGUUGCGAGGCAACUUUUUGGAUCUAGAACGACUUCACCAUUCAAUAAUCAGGGGCCGUUUAUCCACCCCAGAUUCCAUUCACCAACAGAAGGUACGGUUAUGUGAGCAAAUUAAAGUGACCCUGGAUGACUGGAAUCCUAGAAUGCUGAUGGAUGGCAUUUUAAGUGAGGCUCGGGAGAAUACUCGCAAUCUUCACUCCAAAGUUCAAUGUGUAGACUUGGCAAGAGAUGCACAUGAGCUCAGGCUAAAGUGCGAGAGUGAUGGAUCAUUUGUUGAUGAGAUGAACCCAGGAGGAGUAAUAGAAUCUGUUCGUGAGUUACUUGGGCACAUGAGUGCAGCUCAUGUUAAAUUGUAUUUGGAGGCCCACAUAGCUCAUCAGGCAGCCCAAACCUUCUUUUCUGGGGGGAGCCCCCGCACUUAUUCUGACGAUGGUGUAGCUGCUGCAGUAAUGAGUGUAGUGAAGGAGAAUAUAUCACUGGUGGGGGAGCAGGCAGCCCUUAACACUGCACAGACCCUUACUGCAUCUCUCCAAGAACGUGCUGAUGUUGCAGCUGAAGCUCGAGAUGCUCUACGAGCCAAGCAUGCCAAGAUAAUGAGCUUCAACAAAGAAGUUCAAGAUGAAAUGGAGAGCAUUCAGUGUCUUGCUGCAAACAUACAUGUUGGUUGGCAGAACAUCAAGGAUCGUGUGGUACAGCUUAAAUCUUCCAUUAGCGAGGCAUUAUCUUCCACAGUAUACCCAUCACCUGUUUCACCACACUCGCUGGCCAAUGAAUGUGAAGUAUUUACAUCAGUGCCACUGGCCUACCUUCUCACAACUAAUGUUGAAUCUGAGUUGAAGCAGAAAGACAAAAUGUCUACCACUGCACUUACAUGGUAUGACCAGGAUACUGCUGAGGCUGGUUGGGCAGCUGUGUCUCAGCUGUGCAGUGGAAUGCACUGUUGGGAUGGUGUGUACAACACUGUCUUGGAGCGAUUAAAUAUGAUGACAAGCUUGCACAACCAGUUGGAGUACCUUGGAACAGUUAAGGAAGAAAUGCACUCUUCACAAAAGAAAACACAGAUUCUCUCUAUUCAGGAAAUGAAAGAGUUGAUUAGGAAAGUUGAACAACAUGACAAAAGUCUGCAUGAAGAAGUAAAUCUCCUGACAGAAACUUUUCAGCAGAAGCUUUCAGAAGGAUCAAAAUUACUCGCCACAAUCACUAAGCUGUUCAAUGAUUGGUGGGAGCAGCCUGCAAAGUCCAUCAAAUUAUUGGAGACUAAAUAAGAGCAGGAUCUUAAUUUGCUGAUGUAACGAUAGCACGUUAACUCAUUAUUCCAAUAAUGCAAGCCUCAACCUACUUAUACCCAGUUUGCCUUGGGUUUGGAUUCUGACCAAAUGAUUUGGUAAGGCAAGAGGAAUUGGAGAUGGAGAUAACUUUUUCAUCAUAUUUUUUUUUUCUUCAAACGUUUUGGACAGAAUUGACUUCAACUUCUUUCAAUGCAUUCCACUUGCUGGCCACCCAUACAGGUAAUAGGAACUUCUUAAUAUCUCUUUGAAUCUGUUGCAUAUCCAGCUUCUUAUAACCCUUUGUCCUACCUAUAUUUUUAUUUAAAUGAGAUUCCUUUGUCUAUAUCCGUCAGAAUCUCGUACUGUAAGUACUUAUAAUACCCACCCCCUGUUUCUUCUCUUGUGUAAGGUUGAGGUCUCUCAACCUGUCCUCCCUCAUACCUGAGGCAUCUCAAUUCUGGUAUUAAUCUAGUUGCAAACCUUUAAAUUUUUCCAGUUACUGUUUAUUCUUUGCAAGGUGUGGGUUUCAUGCUGGUGCUGCAAGCUCAAGUAAUAGUGUCACAUAGGCAGUGUGUAUGAACUUGAAAGCCUGUUUAGAUUCUUAGAUGACAUUCCUAUUUUUGCUAACUUCAUAUAUGCUGUUGAAGUUAUCCUGUUCACACGAGCUUCUGGUGUUUGUGUUGAGAUUACGUCUACUCCCAGGCCUUUUUAUUUUAUUGUUCUUGUAACUGCCUUCAGUUGGUGUAGUUAAAUAUAGGUCGCCUAUCUUCCUUACCCAUUUUCAUAAUUUGGAUUGAAUUCCAGCAGCCAAUUCUGCCCCCUCACAACUUUGCAUCAUCUGUAAACAUCGACAUGUACAAGUCCAUUCUCACUUUGAAGUCUUUUAUAUAAAUUGAGAACAAUGGCCCUGUGAAACACCACUUUCCAUUCUUCUCCAGCCUGACUAUGACUCUUGACUUAUGACCUAUCAUAAAAUUCAAUAAAGUUUGUUAAGCACGAUUUUUCCCUCUCUGAAGCAGUGAAGCGUGUUAUAAAGUUUGCUCCCCAAAUGCUGUGUAGUCCUUUUUCUGAUACUUUUUCUAGCUUCUUGCAGGGAGAAAACAUGUUAAUGACAAUGGUCUAUAGUUUAGUGCUUCAUGUCUGUCCAUUUUCUUGACUAUUGUAACUACAUUCGCCUUUUUCCAGAUUUACUGUAGUUUUUCAGUCUCUAGUGUAAUGUCCACAACUUCAGUUGAGACUAUAGUUAAUGGCAACACAAGAUCGCUGCAGUUUCCUUCAGUGACCAUGGUGAUAUUUGGUCUGGUCUGGUCCUACUGCUUUUGCUACAUGUGUUUGGUUAGGUUAGGAUAGGUUUUGUUAGCAACAUAAAUACAAAACUAUUUCUGGGUUGUCCAAAUUCAGUGGCAUGAAAUUCUACUUCCCAAUUGUCCAUUUACAAUAGUAUAUGUAUGAUGGUCCCCAUGAUUACUAUAAGUACUAUCUAAACAGGAGGAUGGCCUGUGGUCUAGUCACACUCAUUCCUCGCCAGUGUGAUUUUAGGCCCACUUUCCUGAUGCACCCGAUUACCCUCCUGCCCUUUAUCACUUGUUUCCCCCCCCCCCAUGCUAUUUCUUUUCUUCCUUUAUUUAUCUUGGCUUUUCUAUCAGAUAUGUAAAGAUCCUAUAUUGUGCAGAGCAGUUUUCUUGGGGGGAGGGGGGGCAUUCUGAUUUUCAUAAGCAUUAUCUGAAGAGAUAUGAAGCUGUCUGUUCUUACCCUGAUGCUUAGUGCUGAUAUGAAUGCUGUAAUUUAAGCAUAUUAGAUUUUGUGGUUGCCAUAGUCCUAGUCUGAUCAUUUUGUAAAGGUAGAGCUUAAAGUGGAUUAAUGCUUGCUCAAAUCUAUAAUUUAGGUAGGUUGCUUUUAGCAAUAGCUGUUCUCACACACAUGUGGUGGAAUUUAAUAAUCAUUAGAUUCAAUAUCCUAGGAGUGUUGAUAUUUUUUAUAUUAUUGGCUUCUCUGAUACUUAUUCUGCUUUUAUAUUGGCUCUGCAGAUGAUGCUUAAACACCUGAAUAUUCUAUAUCGCAAACAGGUGCUAUAUAAACAUCCUUGCUAAGCACUUUUUGAUACUUCCAUAAUUAUGAUUAAUUUAAACAUUACUGCAUAAAUUUUUUUUAAAGUAUUUGGAAGAUCAACAGAACCUGACAAUGCUUAUCUAGUUUGUGUUAAAACAUUCACAAUAAAACAAAUGUUCCAACUUCGUCAAUAGGUUCAGAAAGAAAAUGAGCAAACA